UCUUAAAAAAAUAUUUAUCUGGAACAAAGUUAUUAAUGUUUCCGCGAGAAUUUUGUUCUUUUAAUUUUUAAAUUAGACAAAAAAUUUUAAAAGUACAAACCCUAACAGAAAAUUGUAGCUAAUUAAAUUCUCUACAAUUUACUUUGCAUUCGUUUUGUUGUCAAAAUUUUUUUAAUUUACCAACGGGAUGACCAAAGUCAAAACAUUACUUUUUCUCAUUGAAAUAAAUUUUUUAGAUUUUUUCUGAGAUAGCCAAUCGAUUGGAAAUUUAAUUUUGAUCUAAGAACUAAAAUUUCAUCACAAUAUGUUGAGCCGUUUAGAAAUAAGAGCGUCUGAACUAAAACCUGCUAAUCAGCCUCGACGGCAGUUUUAGGGAGCAGUUAGUACUUUGUGAUUUCUAAACGGCUCAACAUAUUGUGAUGAAAUUUUAGUUCUUAAAUCAAAAUUAAAUUUCCAAUCGAUUGGCUAUCUCAGAAAAAAUCUAAAAAAUUUAUUUCAAUGAGAAAAAGUAAUGUUUUGACUUUGGUCAUCCCGUUGGUAAAUUAAAAAAAUUUUGACAACAAAACGAAUGCAAAGUAAAUUGUAGAGAAUUUAAUUAGCUACAAUUUUCUGUUAGGGUUUGUACUUUUAAAAUUUUUUGUCUAAUUUAAAAAUUAAAAGAACAAAAUUCUCGCGGAAACAUUAAUAACUUUGUUCCAGAUAAAUAUUUUUUUAAGAAUAAAAAAUAAAAAAUUAAUUCAGUUAGUUUGCUACCAAUGCUGAAAAUUUGAACGAUUUAUCUCAACGCUUACUAAUAAAAUAAAAAAUUCGCGCAAACGUCUAAUUAAUCGAGCGCGCCGCUCUCCACCCGCGAGUGCAGCAGUCGGGCGACUCGAGCGAGAGAGAGCCGAGCGAAGCAACAAAGCAGUGGCCGCCGCGUAAUUAUGCUCAUAGCGAGACAACGGCUGCUCGGAUUAAAAAAUAAAUAACACAGCGAUUUUCCUCAUGCUUUAAUUAUUCUAUAAAUAUAAACUUUUCAAUCGCCAAAAUUCUAAAACAUUGAAUCAGAGCGAGAUAUUGGUUAAUUCCGUGGGACAACUUGUCCGGUUGCUAAACUCGUUUCCGCUUUUCUCUCACAAAAAACAAUCGGACAUGCACAAAUAUGAUCAGAAACGACUUAAUUUGUUGACAUCCCGGCACUGAAGCACAUAUCGACUCACAAAACGUAAAAAAUCCGAGUUUUCCGCUGCUUUUUUGAGCCGCAACUUCGCCGUCACGGAGAUAUUGGCCGAAUUUUCGUGGCUUUUCGUGCUUCCAGCUGAUUUGAGAUGCUUUUUCUUCGUUGCCAAAGCUUCCCUAGGUUCCGAACUAGUCUGACACCUGCAGAUUAUGUUCAAAACCGCCUUGAAUCGACAAUAUUUGACCGGAAAACGCGGCAAAGAGUGCAAAACAAUGCAUUUAGAUGGGAGCAGCUGGGAGCGGCAUGGGUUUUCCUUCCCCAGUUACGUCACUCGUGAAGCUUCGCGGCAGUGCCGCGCAAAGUCGCUCUGCGCGCCUACCACGAGGCCUUUGUGGCUGGGGCUGGCAAAAUGGACAACGGAGAUGGAGGAGCAGAUGAUACAGAAGCUCGGAUCCAGAAAAUGCGAGAGUUACGUAAAAAGUAUUUGGCCAUUAUUGAAACAAACAUCGGAGAGCAGAAGAAUAGAGAGAUGCACGAAGCUGCCAAGAAAUUGUCAGUUCUCCGUAAUAUAAUUACUAACGAGGAAGAGAUACCGCACAUGCCCUUCUUGGAGCGAACUGAAGGCAUUUUACAGAGGUUGGAUAGCAGACGUCCGAAACUGGAUACGACCAACAAUUUAGCCCCCAAAAGUGAUAGCGGUGAAGACUGCCAAAUCAUUGAAGUCAAGCGUAUUCAGAACAGGCAGAGUAGUUUGGACAGUUGCCCCCGUAGCCCAAGCCCUGAAUUGGAAAAGAUGGCCACUCCCCAGCAAACUCCAAAAUUGAUUCCUGUUGAAAAACGGAGUUCAAUUCUGAGCCUUCCAAUGCCGAGGGAUGAUUCCAGUUCAGACGACGAUUCGGUGCGAACAUCUCCUGGCCCUCCAAUUCUGCCCCAACCAAUCGCAAACCUGAUCCAGGGUGUGUCCCAAUUUGGAAUGCGCAGAGAUAUGGACAUGCACACUCAUCAGGAGCCAGAGACUCACAAUUCCUUUGAGCCCGCUGAAUAUUUUGAGGCGCCAUCACCACCUCAAGAAGAUAUUGAACUGAACAGUGAUGACGAUGAUGAUCUUGUGAUAGACGAAGGCAGCUUCAAGAAAAGUCCACCAAAAGAAACAUUACACAAACAGCUUCCACCUUUACUUCCACCUCCUAAACCACCAGCAGCACUUACCAUUGGAAUGAAGGAGUUUGCCUCAUUGGCUGAUAAUGCUACGCUGGUGGCUAGGCAAGAGAAGAGCACCCAGGAAAGUCCCAAUCCGGCAGAUGAUUUUAUUCCAGGCAGACAGAUGUCUCGCGUCCACAGUAGCCUCAUGGCCAGUAAGACGGGUACAACCAAACCUAUGCCGUCCCCUCGACCAUCCUCAGUACGGGUAGCUCCAUCUCCUGCUUUCACACUCGUUGACCUUUUUAGUCCGGAAGCACCUGGUCCGAAGUACCAGUUUGGCGCACCAAGCAAGCCAGUCAGCAUUUGCCCACCACAACCCAGAUCGGGCCCCGAGUCCCCAAAUGCAACACUUUCUCCUCCAGCUACUGCAGCUCGGCCACCCAUUACUCUGUCAGACUUUGUUCCUCCUCAGCAGCCCUUGUUUGCACCUCCUCAAAGGACUCAACCUCCUCAGCCUAGGGAUGUUGGUUCACGGGACCCCAGGCAAAGGAUAUCUCAUCCACCGCAGCAGCAGCAAAAUUGUAGAAAUAUUAGAGACCCGCGGACACAAGAAAGACCGCACAACAGUAAGCAAGUGGCCAUAGUCAAGAGUCAGCCACCUAAGACCUACAGGGAACAUAAAGCCAUGAAAGCUGAAGAAGAGAGAAGAAUGAGAGAGGAAAGGAACAAGCAACGGAGAGAAGAGAUGUCACUCGCAGAAAAAAAGAGGUUAGAGCUGGAUGAGAAGCGUCGAAAGGAGGCAGCCCAGCGCCAAGAGGAUCGCAGCAACCAAGAACGGCUCUUGCAGCGCAAAACUGAACUCGUGAAAGUCCGCAGUCUUGCAAAACCAACCAGUCGUGUGCAAGUGAUAGACCCUUUGCCUGCACCUGCAAGCGAAAUAAAGAAGAUCCCAAGGAGAGCUAGCGAGGACAGAAGGUCAUCAACAGACUCUGAUUCUGGUGCUUCUUGUUCAAAAGAAAAGAAUGUGGACAAGUCGUUGGAAAAAACAUCUCCUCUCAAUUCUUUAUAUGGAGAAAUGCCUCAACCCUCAAAGAAUAUUUUUCGAAUUCCGAAAAAGCCCACAGCUCAGCGUGCAAAACAACAGGCUCCUCCCCAAAGGAAAAGAUCUGCAAGUCCACCACCACCUGACAUAGGCUCUGAUGAUGAAAACAAUUCUGUCAGUCCAGGUACACCACCCAGAGAUGACUCGGACAAUUCUCUGGAUGAGGUAGUUAAAAGAGACAAUAUUCCUCUAAAGGUAAAGCCUGCAGAAGAGAUGCCAGCUGUUGGGACUGGUUCGAGUGAUAAAAUAAUUGAGAUCAAAGAACACAUUCGAUCCAUGGUGCAGGCACAAACAAACACCAACAGCAGUGCAGAAUCCUCAUUAACGAACUUUGUCGGCUUAAACAAGAGUCAUUUGGAGCAGAUCAUCAGAAGUGUCGUCCAAGAAGAACUAAACAAAAUCAAAGCUACUGUGUCAGUGCCUUUGGCAGAAUCAACUCCAAGCACUGCACAACCAGAAAUUAUGGACACCUCCGAUAGCUCAUCAAUUACACCCCUAGCAGACAAUUCGGCAAGUGAGUCUCCAACCAUCCCCCCUGCCAAAGAAAAGGCUGAAGUUCCUAAGACCGUCACACCUCCAAUUCCAAUACCAGCUGAUGUAGGAAGUCCAGAGGUCCAAAAACCAGUGGAUUCAUCCAAAAAUGAAAACUUUGAUCUGAAAACAGCGGUCGAGAAUGAAGUCCGUAAGCAGAAAGCUCACAAGAAAAGCGAGCUCGACAAACUGCAAGACGAUCUGCGGGACAGCUUCAUCAGUGAAGGUGUCAUGAGUGCAACUGGGGCAAGAACAAGACACCCAGUGAUGCGUUAUUCUGCUCCAUUAGCAAAGGAAAAGGAGGCGGCGCGUGAAGAGCAAAUGCCUGCUGAGAUCAAAGAAAUGGAUCAUGACUCUGAAAAUGCCCUAGUUGCGUUGGGCUCAAAGAAUUUGGUGGUUAGAUUAGAAAGACUCUCUAAAUCUUGCGAGGAAGAAAAUUCUGCCUCAUUUGAAAUGGAAAUAGUGUCAAAAUUUUCCGAAGAAGGAAGGACUGCUCCAAUCAGAAAAGCUGUUGCUAAGAGAGGAAAAGCUUUUGGUCAGGCAAGUAGACCUUCAUCCUCGUGCACAGAGACUGCUUUGGUAGAUGAAACUGAUUCUGAUCUCACAUCCCUGGCCUCGGAAGACAGCUCUGUCUCUGGAUGCUUUCCCGAUUUUCCUACAGCCCAGCGAGGCUCACCUUCAGGCAGACGAGGACGCGGCCGUGGUCGCGGAGGCAAAGGGCGUCGAAACAUUAUGGAAGGCUAUGCUCCCCGAGAAGACGCCAAUCUGACAGACGCUAGCUACACCUGGAAGCCUCUCGAAAUUCUCCCCUGCAAAAUUUGCAUGUAUGAAGGAAAGAAAAUUGUCGAUCACUAUAUUACUGUUCAUCCGGACAGUGAAGUGCUCAUUUCAAGAUUGCCAAACAACGAGGCCAUUCAAGCAGUUCUUCAACCCAAUAAUUGCAAGUCACCAGUGCUGCAGUGUCGAUUUUGCAAGUACAACAGCACAAAAUUGACUGAGUUCUAUGAUCAUGUAACAGAGCACACUGGCGAGUACCGGCUGAAAUGUGCAGUCUGCCCUUUUAAACGACCCAAAAAAGAUGCAAUUAUUUACCACACCCGUAAGCAGCACCGCACUGACAAACAGGCUGUGAGUCAGAUUGACAUGCAAGGAAUUAUUGAAAAGAACUGCGUCACUGGGUACCUUUGCGGCUUUUGCAAUUUUGUUCAGCUGAGCGAGGCCACAGUCACACAACACAUUGAACUGAGGCACCGGCAUGAGGUGGACGCUGUUUGCAGGCCAGGCAUGGAUGAGUCCAAUGAAAUCAACAUGUCCAGAGUUGAGAGCCAAGAAGAUGAGCUGGAAGAAGCACCGUCGCUACCAGAAAAGAUGGAGCUUGUGGAAAUUGAGGGUGAAAAUGAAAAAAAUGAAGAAAAAGAAGAGCCAGUAGAGGACCACAAUUUCAUGACAAUGCUUGAUGACCUCAUUCACGAUCAGCCUAAAAAUCAAUUGACUGGAAAAUCAUUUCUGGAAUCAAUACGUCGAUCAAAAACAAAAAUAGGAGAGGAAUCUGAGGUCAAGAAGAUUGAGAUUGCGCGAAUCCCUCUUUCAUCAACGCCGCGACCUAUUCGUGAAGUUACACCCGAGCCACCUCUAGAGUAUAUCGAACUUGAUGUCAUUGAAUCUCCCCAAAAUGCAAAGCUGCACGAAAAUCGAAAGCGCAAUAAAAUGAUUGUUGGCAUUUGUUAUGCUUGCGGCCACACUGAAGGUCACGACAUCAACAACCUCUUCCGCCACAUGAAAGACACGCAUCCGCCAGAAAAGCGAGGCAACUGUCCUGACUGCUCAAGACCUUUAUCGGGAACUGAUAAGGCCAUCAGGCAUAUGAUUGAAGAACAUGUUCCGAUGAGUGUGCGAGAUGCCCUUCUGGAUUUCUGGAAGCCGAUGCCAUCAGGAAGAAAUCUCAAAUCAAUAGAAUCUCUGGACAACGCCUCUGAUGCUGCAAAGAAAGCUGUUUCAGAUUAUGUGGACAUUUCUUCAGAUGAGCAACCAAAAGCAUUUCAACACGCUCGAACAGUAAAAAACAGCGCAGUAUAUGCAAGCAUGCUUGAGCCUGGCAGGCUGCAGAAAAUGUACAAGUGCAUGGCCAGAAAUUGUUCAUUUAGCAGCGUCAUCCCUGAAAAGUUCAUCAAACACAUUGACAAACACAAAUCUCUGUCAGUUGGUAGAAUCAAAGACUGGCAAGAGUGUGUAUACUGCAUGGAACUCUACGGCUCUGGCCAGCAGUUGAUUGACCACAUUCACAAAGAGCACAACAAGUUUGUCUUCCAGUGCUCGUUGUGUUUCUUCAGAGCAGCCACUGACAGCCAUGUCUUUUUCCAUCAAAAGAUAGCUCAUUCUCCAGAAGAAGGGCCCAAAACAUAUGUGUGCCAAAAAGAGCAGCCAAAAGUAGACCAACCACCAUUUGUAGGAGUAAUUGGAAAAUUCAUCUUGCCCUUCAUUUGCUCAGAUAGUGGUUGUGGAAUUACUUUUUAUAAGACUGAUGAAUUCAUGGAUCACUUUGCUAUCAAUCACCCUAAUAUGAAAGAGUUCCUUUGCCACGAAUGCAAUGCGAGUAGUUCCAGCAUUGUCGAUCUCAUCGAGCACUACAAAGACCACAUCUACUGUGAAUUCCACUGUUUACUUUGCAAGUAUGGAUCUGAUGAACAGAGAUUGAUCUACAACCACAUGUGCAAGCAUGCCAAUCAUGCUCCCUGCUAUGCCGUUCGACAUUUAUUGGGCUCAAAAACUGAAAAGAAUCUUCUUGCGGGUGCGCUGAGAAGGAUGGAAAUAAAAACGGUGACCUCAGUCUAUCAACCACCAGUGGAAUCUGAAGAGAGUGAAUCUGAUGAUGAGGAUCUUGCAUCAAAGUCUUCUGAAUCCUUAAGAUUGAGUGCUCCAAAGCCAGUUUUUUCCCGAACUUUGAGCGCAAUUGAAAAAACCCUUGCAUCUGCAGCAACACCAUUCUCUCGCCUGCAAAAUGUAAUCGAGACAACAGCAAGCACUCAAUCACCUUUGAACCCAUGGAAGGAACUUCCAAGUACUUCAGGCACCAACUUGGCUGCCACUCCUACUCAUGUGGCAAGCUCGUUUCCCACUUUAUCUGCUACAAUUUCAAGACUGAAAGACUCUGAUGCUCCUGUUGCACCGCCACCAGUCACUCUUCCUCUUUCAACUUUUUCUAGAACUGUAGGCAGCGAUCGACCUUACGAAAAUGAUGAAGGGGAGUCGAGAGUGACCAAUUUAUCGGGUCAUCGUCUUUAUAUCUGCUGCAAACCAGGUUGUGAUUUUACAAGCGAGAAAAGCUCGCAGCUGAAUGAUCAUCUUAUCAUGUGUGACUGCACAAUUUUGCUCUGCUUUCACUGCAAGAAACCUUUCAAACAGGUCUCACCAUUAGUCGAACAUCUGAAAAUAGUUCAUGGACCAUUGAGGUACACUUGUGGUGUCUGUACUGAGUUCAAGAGCGCAAACAUUAAUAUUGUCAAGAAGCAUCUCAAGCAGUCGCAUAGUGUUUACCAAGUCAUUGUUAAGGCCAACGACCCGUAUAAAACAGACCAGGAUGAGGAUCAGUUUACAGUGUUGCCGAAGAUUGCACCAAUAGCAAAGCCUGCCAACAAGCCUGGCUCAAUUAAAAGAUAUGGUCCAGGGGAUGAAAAAGAACUUCCAUCAACUCCUAUAUUUCAAGACCAUGUGCAGUGUUCUAUUUGUACAUUCAAAACAAGGGUGAAAAUAAACUUCCUACGGCACAUCAGAGAACACGAAGAAAAGGGAGAUCAAGCAAGCUCUGCUUCCAUCCCAAUAAAUCCCAUGCCUUGUCUGAAAGCAAACGAGAAACACUUUGACAAAAUGAACAACUGGGCUCAGAGCUCUCAUGUCUCGUCAGACGGAACUCCACUUAUUCCUGUGAGAAGAUCUAGUCAAGAAUUGCCAGCUGAAGUUGUUAGCAAACUUCCUAGAUACAUUGUUGAGAUGUGGAGAUAUGCUUGUGGCGUCCCAAACUGCUCUUACAAGUGUUCUGAUGUGGAGAUGCUAGCCAUGCAUUUGGAAAAUUUGCACCCAGACACAGAAGAAUUUUUGUGUGUUCACUGUCCGUCACAAGACUGGCAACUGGAGCAGCCUGAUUUGACGUUGAUCAAGAAGAGCGUUCAACACAUGAAGCAGCAUGGCCCUAACUUGUUUGUGUGUCUUAUCUGCAAACAUGUGGACACUUGCAAGGAUGAAAUCAGCAAGCAUACCAACGAAGAACACGAGAUUGAAAACUCGUUCCAGGUGAUCAGAGAAGAAACAUUGGAUGAAGAAGGGGCCACUUGGUGUUGCUCUGAGUGCAAACAGACGCGAUUCAGCCUGGAAGACAUUAAGAGUCACUGCUCUUCUGUUCAUAAUAUUAAUUACCAGUUUCGCUGCAGCCUUUGCAGCUACCGCGCACCUGCUCUUCCUCACAUAUUUGAAAACCACUUUCCCAAGGAACACCCUGGUAAGAUUGUCCACGCCAUAGCUGCCUUUUAUCCCAUAGGCUACCACGACCCACGAGUGUCUACUGGAGUUUCAACCUUAACGCCUGCCGAUUCUGAGACUGUAAGGCACAUCAGAAUGAUUCGAAUUGAAGAAGUUGGUGGCAAAGAGAAGAAGACACCAGCAGAGAAAAAACGCACACCUGUGAAAGGUUCCGGCCAGAAACUAGAAGAUAUUAUGGGCCUUUCCAAGCCAUUCCCUGAGCCUGAUGGUUUGUUUUAUGUGUGCCCUCAAUGCACGUCUUACAAAAACAGGCAGAAAUCAAAAAUGGAGGAGCACAUAUAUAAACACUUUCAGUACAAGAAGUUCACAUGCUCGGAAUGCAAUAUUAGUGUGGUUUCAAAGUUGUCGAUGCAGACACAUUUGCAGAAAAUUCACCAUAUUGAUGCUGACCUUUCAAAACACAUCUUGGUUAAUGACGGAAGACAAGAGCUGGAAGACUUGGUCAAAGAAGUACUUCAAUAUCAAAGCGAUAAAAUGCCUGUGGAAACUUUUGAACCUGUUAUUGUAGACAGUAUCUCCUUGCAGCCCGAACAACCUAAGCCGGGUAUUAGGGAAGCCUAUGCAUUCGCUGACGAUGUUAUUAUGGAUUUCAGUGAGAGCGAGUCUGAACCAUCGACCAGUGGUAGUCCAGUCAAAGUGUAUCACGACACACCAAGUGUGAGGAAAAAGAGCAUGCAAAAAGUGGGCAGCAACGUCUGCAAACAUUGCAUGGAGUCAUUUAAAACGCUGAUGGCACUGAUGAUGCACAUUAGACUGUUUCACUUCAAGAGCGGAAAAUUCGUCUGUGCCUAUUGUGCGGUGAGUGCCAACUCUGUGAACAUCAUCAACAAACACAGUAUGAAAAAGCACCCAACAAAUGAACCAAAAGCCGUGGAAAAUCCGGACUGGGAAAAGAUAACAUUUGACGAACGCUUCUGGAGUGAUAACUACGGAAUCUACCUAGCUAAAGACGGCUGGAAGAUGCGAGAAUCAGAGCAGCUCCAAUUAGAGCAACCGGCACAGAGUGUUCAAUUUGACUGCAGGCACUGUGACUUCCGGACAUUGUACGCUGCUGCACUCAAGAGACACUCUGUUACCCACAAAUUUACGUAUGGGUGUGGAAUUUGUAACAACUUUGAAAGUGAGCAUUCUGCAGACGUAAGAAACCAUUCCCAACAGAAGCACCCCAACAAGCAAGUGGAUGUUCAGCAAAUCCUUCAGGGAGGGCGUCCAAGCAAAGUACGCAAGCUUGACGACUCCACCAAAAUCAAGCUGCCCUCCACCCAAGCAAUAAACUCUGUCCAACCUGCAACACUUGUCCUUGUGCCAUCGGUGCCACUGCCACAGGUCUCUCCUGUUGUAGAAACGCCACUUGCUCCGUCUCCUGCCAUUUUGACUUCAAUCACACCCUGUACAUCGCCGGCACCUUCGGCGCCUUCUCCAGUACCCUCAACUUCCUCGCUUGAUCAACAAGCUAAAAAAGUACCAUUGCUCUACACUUGCAACUACUGUAAAAACGUAACAGAGGACAAACUGAAAAAGUUGCUCAAACACUGGGAAGAAACCCACAAGGAAACUGGUCACAAGUUCUCCUAUACCCAUGUGAAAGCAGGGAAGAAAUGCAUCCACUGCAACAUGGUGUUCUCAUUGCAGAAAAACAUGGACGCACACUUCAUAGAAAGCCACCCUCAGUAUGUCAACAUCACUUUCAAGAUCUACAAGUGCAAAAUCUGCGCAUGGCGCUCCGACAGUCAAGAAGAAGUUUUUGACCACAUUCUUCUGCAACAUGCACAUGUGGGCUCUGACCCUUCCGUGGGCUGCGAUGUAGAGAAGAAACUGCUUGGUUACAAACAAGUGUGGUGCUACUGUUUGCACUGCCAGAAGUUUGACUCGGACAGUGAACAGAGCAUGAUCGAGCACUGCAAAACCAUGCACAGCGACCUCUCACCCAGGUUUGCUGUUUUCAAUGAAAAAAAGUGCAAAGUUGUGCGAGAGAUUGGAAGAGCAGAUGACGUCAAGGAGGUGACAAUGAAGGCACACCCACACGUGAAGACUGAAGCGCAAGCAGCAGCAGAAGCAGCUACCUCGCCAGCCCUGCUACCUGGCGUGCGGCGACAAUAUGUGUGCCCCUGUCCCCCAUGCCCUGAGAAGAAAAAGACUUUGAAAGGAAUGGAGGAGCAUGUUAGAGAAUUCCAUGCUCGUCUUUGGUGUGUUGAUUGCAAACAGGUAUUAUUGAAUGACAUUGCUGCUAAAAUGCACCACCUUGUUGAGCACCGCGAGCCUGGAUCAAACCCUUCGCAGAACAUCAUCAAAUUUGAGGAUGACGUUAAAGAAUAUAUGAAGUCUGUGAGAAGGGAAGGUGAUGAACUAGCCGCAGGGUCUCCGGUUGUUAAAGCAGAAAAAUGAAAAAGAAGAUUAAAUAAAUAAACCAUUUUUCAUUAGUUAACAUAUAUGUAUUUGCUGCAUUUACCAUUUUUUGUACUCUCGGAGUUAUAUCGCUUAGAUGUUACGAGAUCUCUGUCUACAAUUACGAUAUAAGUAGUAUUGCUGUUUAUGGCAGCUUACAAUUGUAGAUUUUGCAAAUUAUCCUAUGUAAAAUAAACUGAUGAGCAGCUCAUUGUUAAGAUA